AUGAGAACAGUUCCGAUGGGAGUUCUCCACAUGAAGGAAUCGAAUCAGAAGAAUUCGAUAUGCUCGUUGUGGCAACUGGCUAUUUCGCUCAAAAACAUAUCCGUCGAUCCCAGGAUUGAAGAACUUGCACUCGCUGGUCGGGUUGUCCACAGUUCGGAUCUGCAGAACAGAAAGGGAUUCCUUCGCGAAAACCUCAAGGAAAUAUCGCUAUUAUCGGCGGAAGUAUGUCUGGAGUGGAAGCUGCGUCUGCAGUGGCGCUCCACCAAUCUUCAUGGAAGUCUCACAACGAAGCUCAGGCUGACAAGCACGUCGUACACCAUGUUCAUUCGCGCCCUUUCUGGACCUUGCCGACUCAUCUACCACACGAAACCUCAAUCAGAAACCGUUUCCUUCUUGCCAUUGGACUUGGCAAUGUAUGAUCUUGGCCGUCGACCUCCAGGCCCAAUUGAGUAUGCAUUGGGAGUCAUAUCCGAAGAGAAAGUUGCGAAAACCAAUGAAUAUUUCAGCUCGCUACUGGGAACCGAAUACAAAAAAAUAUGGACAUAUGUCAGGAAAUUCAAGCCAAAGCAUGAAUUCUCGGCCCCCGUGGGUGGCGAUAGGGAACAGCUACGCGGAGUUUGUUAG